UACCUCUGCCGCGGGCCGGACGGCGGCGAGGGGAGUGCGGGAAGGAGCCAUGUCGCACGGGGCGCGAGUGAUCCGCACAGGGGUGAGCAGCGGAGGGCCUGCGGGGCCGUCGGCCCACACCACCGCCUCCUCCGCGGCGGACUCGGAGGCGCAGCUGAUGGACGGUACCUAUUUCCGCUCCUGCGCCGGCAUGCUGAAGGUGGCUCAGAUGAUCUCACUGCUGAUUGGAUUCAUUUGUAUAAACAGCUCUGCAUGGACGGAUUACAGUGCAUACAGCUACUUUCAGAUUGUCACCAUGUGUGACUUGGUUAUGAUUUUGUUCUUCUACAUUAUCCACAUUUUCAGAAUCUACAGGAUGCUGACUUGUGUUAGCUGGCCACUUGCGGAGUUUCUUCAUUAUUUAAUUGGUACAAUUCUGCUUCUUAUUGCAUCGAUUGUAGCAGCAUCCAGGAGUUACAAUAUCACUGGACUUGUGGCUGGAGCGACUUUUGGGUUCCUAGCUACAAUCCUAUGUGUUUUAAGCAUAUGGUCAUCCUACAAGGUUUCGUGUGUCACACAGUCAACAAGUAAGUAUCAUGCUUCAUAACUGCCAGCAUGCUUCCCCAAACUAAUAUUUGUAUUUUCUGCCACAGGGCUGUGUCUGCCUGAAAGGAUUUAUUAAUGUCCUCUUCCUUGUUACUCAAAAUUACUCACAAAGCAAUAACCUGCUUUUUCUGUCAA